UUCCAAGGACCAAGCAAUGUUCCGAUUCCGGCACAUUAUCGCCGCUCUGAUUCUAGUCGCCGCCUCGGCGGCGUCUUUGAAUUCCGUCGGUGCCCGCGUGGUCCACCCCAUCGUCUUCAGCCCCAGCGCGGCCGCGGCCGCCCCCGCCUCCGACGGCCGUCGCCUGUUCGCCGCCGCCGGCCACGAUCAACUCAUGGCGCUAUGCCAACAAGUAGAGCGCUCGAUCGCGCGCGCGCGCACCCACACCCACGAAGCUUUGUAGAUCAGAGAUCGACGAAGUCCAUACCAAUGCCAUACAGAUUGCAUUGCUUACAUGUGCAUGUGUGUGAUGGCAUGCGUGUAGAUGCACUACAAGACGCUGUGCACGACGAUGGCGACGCUGCCCGGGGUGGCGACGCCGGAGCAGCUGCUGGACACGUCGCUGCGGAUCACGGCGGUGAAGGCGGCGAUGGCGGCGAUGAAGCUGGACGCGGCGAUGCGGUCGGGGGGCGACAUGGGCGACGGGAUGGCGUCGUCGCUGCAGUCAUGCAGGGAGAGCUACGCGUCGCUGGUGGACUCGCUGAACAGCACGCGGGACACGCUGAGGAGCGGCGGCGGCAGCGCGGACCUCAUGACGGAGCUGUCGGCGGCGGGCACCUUCUCCGCCGACUGCGAGGACAUCUUCGACCAGCGGCCGGAGCUGCGGUCGCCCAUACCAGGGGCGCAGCGCCACAUCAGCCGCCUCGUCAGCAACUGCCUCGACCUGGCAGCCAUCAUCAAGGAGCAGCAGCCAUAGCUACACGCCUAGACAGACACGUGUGGACAUCUGCUAGAGUACAUCAAUUGCUCUCUGCUUGUACAUUUGCCAUGGGGAGGUUCAGUGCGCAGUAGGUGUCUUUGGGACUGAAGAAAUGAAACACAAUUGUAGUUGGAGAACAUAUCAGGUAUAAACCAAUCUCUUCGUGUGAACCAUGCAAAUUUCAAUCUGGGCUAUCGGAUCAACAUCCAAAGAGAGGCGUAGGAGGGUUGGUUUGCACCUGAUAUAUUCCCAUUGUAGUUGAGGUGGGACUAUCUUCUAACCAUGGAGAGGAACCAUG